AUGUAUCUAAGUCUCACACGUCUAUCUAUCUAUCUAUCUAUCUAUCUAUCUAUCUAUCUAUCUAUCUAUCUAUCUAUCUCUAUCUGUCUGUCUGUCUGUCUAACUGUAUGUCUAUCUAUCUAUCUAUCGCAUUCUGUUGGUACCUAUCUAUCUAUCUAUCUAUCUAUCUAUCUAUCUAUCUCAUCUUAUUCACAUAUAUCUCUCAAUCUAUCGAUUUAUCAAUCUCAAUCUAUCUAUCUGUCUCAUCCUAUUCAUCUCUCUCUCUCUCUCUCGCGCUAUCUAUCUAUCUAUCUAUCUAUCUAUCUAUCUAUCUAUCUAUCUAUCUAUCUAUCUCAUCCUCUUGGUAUCUAUCUAUCUAUCUAUCUAUCUAUCUAUCUAUCUAUCUCAUUCUCUUGGUAUCUAUUUAUCUAUCUAUCUAUCUAUCUGUCCCAUCCUAUUCAUCUCUUUCUCUAUCUAUCUAUCUAUCUAUCUAUCUAUCUAUCUAUCUAUCUAUCUCAUCCUCUUGGUACCUAUCUAUCUAUCUAUCUAUCUAUCUAUCUAUCUAUCUAUCUAUCUAUCUAUCUCAUUCUCUUGGUAUCUAUCUAUCUAUCUAUCUAUCUAUCCCAUCCUAUUCAUCUCUUUCUCUCUCUCUCUCUCUCUAUCUAUUUAUCUAUCUAUCUAUUUAGCAAUAUAUCUAGCUGUCUCAUCCUAUUCAUCUCUUUCUCUCUCUCUCUCUCUAUCUAUCUAUCUCAUCUUCUUGGUACCUAUCUAUCUAUCUAUCUAUCUAUCUAUCUAUCUAUCUAUCUAUCUAUCUUAUUCUAUUCUUAUCUAUUUAUCUAUGCAUAUUAUUUAUAG